AAUGAGUUUAAAGUCACUAACCUAUACUUAAAAUAUUUAUGAGAUAAUUAAAAGCAGAUAUAAUGUAGAAUGUUAAAACUUGUCAAAAUAAAUCUAAAUAACUUUCUUUCGUGCGAAAACGCGAGUUUAGGCUUGACUUCAAUAAAUACAUAGUACUCGGCUGUGAAUGUACUCAGUUUCAAAAGACUACGCUAUGGGUUUCAAACUAAAGUUAAUUUUCCAACUAGUGAUAUAUCUUUCAUGGCACCACAUACCUUGCACAGGCAUUGGCGAGAGAAUUGUGGGUGGCACCUCGGUUACAGAGAAGAAGUACACCUAUUUUGUGCGUGUGUAUUACCAAGACUCAUUCGUGUGUGGUGGAUCGUUGGUGCGGAAUAAUGCGGUGGUCACAGCAGCUCACUGUGUCAGCGACGCCAACGUAAACGGAUUGCGUGUACAUGCGGACACUAUUAACUUAAGAGAUGAAGGAAUUGCGAGAAAAGUUAAAAAAGUGGUGAUCCCGAAUUUAUACAAUGAACGUACCUCGAACUACGAUGUUGCUGUGUUAAUACUCGCCUCUGCCGUACCAAAUUCUAGUUUCACAGCAAUUCAAUUGCAAAAGACUGCAGUGACUGUUGGUACGAAAUGUGUGGUUAUCGGUCAUGGGAGCACAAAGGAAAGUGAAUUUAAUCCGAUACAAUUACAAGAAGUUUGGAUACCGGUGUUGAGUCGUACCGCUUGCCAACUAAGAUACGCAGGUGUUGCAUAUAUUACGCGGUAUAUGCUCUGUGCUUGGGAGUUGGGAAAAGAUUCAUGUGCAGGUGAUUCCGGUGGACCAAUGGUAUGUAAUGGACGGCUAGCUGGUGUUGUAUCAUGGGGUGUGAAAUGUGCGGAUUCCAGAUUUCCAGGCGUUUAUACCGAUAUCAGCAGGGUUUAUACUUUUAUCGAAAGAACGCUUGAGCGGUUUAAGUGAAUUUUAGUAGUUUUCUAAGUAUCGAAUUAACGACUAUUUGGAGUGAAUCACUAAUACGAGUUACUUCAUCUAUGAAAAAUGCAUAUAUCAUAACACAAAUGUAAAAUAAAAGAAAACAGGCAUACCACUUUGCAAUAGUAGUACAUUUUAUCUGACAGGUUUGUCGUAAUAAUUUGUCGAAAUUAUUUUAACUGCAAAAGCAAUAAUUUUUUUCGAAAACAUGCGUUCAGCCGCUUCAGGUGUUGAAAAACGUUGACUUAUACUUUGCGGGAAUAAAAAUAUUUUUUACGGGAAUUAAAUAAGUCAUUUCGAGUCCGAAGUCAAGAUUAGACGCCGGAUGACUCAUUACUUGAUAUUUUGAGUACA